AUGUCGGGAAACGAAGGCCACGAUAGCGUGAGAAGGCCGCGCUCCACGUCGCGAUCACGGCCGACAACACCCCUCCGCCCCUCCUCCCGCUCCUCCUUCCGCGAAUCCGCUCAGCGUAGCGUUGACGGCGGCGAGCCGUUUCCGCUGAACACCUUCGAACCCGCUUUUGCCGAACUCUCCGAUGCCGUCGCCGACUUGGAGGUGAAUAUGAUGCAUUUUCAACUUAUGCAUGAGAGUCUCGCUCGGUUUAGCGAGAGCUUCGCAAGUUUCUUGUAUGGAUUGAACAUGAAUGCUUUCUGUGUCGAUUUCCCCGAGGGUCCUAUUGCGGAAUCAUUUCGUCGGGCAAAGCUUAAUGAGGAGGAGGAGCAACAGCAGCAACCGCCUACAGGCCGAUCUAGAAGCACAGAACGAGGCGAAUUUGAUGGAGAGACAACAUUUAUGACUACAGAUACAUCCUUUGUAGAGAAUCCACCAACCGUCUCAAAACCGACUCCGAAAAAGUUUGCGACUCCGGAUACCCGUCAAUCUCGCCUCCCUAAUACAUCUAGAGGCGGCGGCGCGCAAUCGAGGGGAAGAGGUGGAACUGGAAGAGGUCGCACGAGUGGCCUCGUCAGACCGAGAGCUCGUGGUUUAAGAUGA